AAUUAAAGGAUACAGUUUACUAAUUAUUGGUGAAUCAGUAUUCAAAUAUUCGUUUAAUUUUAUCAACUUAUCAUUGUUUACAUGAAUUUAUCUGAAUUACUGUAUGUAAAGGUCUAUAUAUAACUAACUAGAAAUGAGGGGAUCAAUCUUAUUACUUAAAAUUUUGCUCCUUUACUCAUUGUUUAUACACGUGAAUACAAAUUCUGUAGAAAAUGAAACACUUAAAAAACGUAUAUCUUUAAAAAGUGAACCUGAUUUUAAUGUAAGACAUUUAAACAAGCCUUUUAAAAUAAAUAAAUUGAAUUUGGUUUGGAGCAAAGCAAAACAGAAAUGUUCUGAACCAGAAUUACGAUCAUUAUUGUCUGAAAUGCGCAUUCAAGAUGAAGAUGAGCGUGAACUUAAACUUUAUAAAUCAAAGAAUAUGGAUAAAGAUGGAGAAAUGGAAUCAAUUGUAAGGAAAAAACUUUUAGGUAUUUUACAAAGAUAUAAGUUAAGCUAUCACUUUGAAAAUAAUGAAGAACCACAAAUCAAUGAAUCAUAUUUUGAUAUACAAGAACGAGUUCCAAAAGAUUCCUCUAUAGUUGUAGAUAAAUACUUAUUACAUGAUAAACGCUUAAACCAAUUAUGGUCUCAAGCAAAACAAUCAGGAUUUACAAGCAUUGAACUUAUAGCACUCAAAGAAGAAUUCUUGGAUCAUCAAAAAAAGAUAGAUGAAUAUUAUUCUUUAAUUAAUGAAGUUGAGCAUAUGCAGAAUGAUAUACCAAUAGCAUUAUCACAAAGAGGAAUAAAAGAUGAUCACAACUCUUUGCAUGAUACUGAUGAUGUUUCUAAAUUUAAUAUCAAACAAAGAGAACUUGAAAACCGCAUUAGAGAUAUAAAAGAUAGUUUUGAUCGUCUUCAUCGUUUAUCAUUAACUGGUCCUAACAGUAAUGAAUUUGUUGAACCCAAAGUUCAAGAAAUUUGGCUCAAAGCUCAAAAAUCUAAUUUUGACAAAGAUGAAUUGGAAUUAUUACAUGAUGAAUUAAAAGAAUAUGAACGCCGUUUAUUAAAACUGCGACAUUUAAAUGUAGAUUUGGCAGCUGGAAAUGGAAAUGAACAUCCAGGUGGUGUUGAAAAAAAAAUAAAAAAAGAAUCUAGGAGUGUUCAAAAAUUGCAUAAAACAAUUGAAGAUAAAAUAGCAAAUAGAAAAGAAGAACUUUAAUUUGUCUCAUAUUGAAAAAUGUUG